CCCUUCACCUCCAAGCCAUUAUCAUCCAUCCUCUUUGCUUUUAACCCUUCAUUAUCCCCAUGAUCUCCUCCUCCAACUCUCAUAUCAACUAACCCUCAUGGCUCACCCUCAUCCUCCACACUCUCCCUCCCAAUAUAUGAAGAAGAAGGUUAGUGGGCAAAGGAAGAAGGAAGAGCUUGAAAGAGAGGUGUUGAUGCUUCAAAAAUUGCUACAUCAAGAGGAAAAGGUGCAUGAGAUUUUAGGUGGUCUUACUACACAACAAAAUGCUUCACCACUUCCCAUCUCAACGAACUUCCUUCCUCCUAAGGUGAAGGAGCUAUUGACAGAGUUAGCUAUGGUGGAGAGUGAAAUAGGAAGACUUGAGAUUCAAAUCAUCGAACUUCAAAAAGACUUGAAAAGUGAGAAACAACGAGCCACACGGUCCAAACUAUGGAGCUCUGAGCAGACCGCUCAAGCCAAUAACGCACCCAACAAACCACCAUUGAAUUGGAACCCAAUUAGCAAGCCAACUUUUGACACCAAGGGUCUCCACUUCAUUAGCAAAGCCAUCAAGGGAGAUUAUGCCCUCAAUCACUUUAGAUUGGAUGCCAAAAAUGAAGAUCUUAGAGAUAAGAAGGCGACUCAACUUUCAUUCGAAGAGCUUAAACUCCAAGAACGAGUUCCGAGAAAGAGUGGCCUUCUUGUCCCUCCGUCUCCGUUACGAGAACCCCAACAUCCUUCUCCAAAGCGACGGGAACGAAGUCCGUUACACAUGCCAUCCCAAAAAUAUGUGUCGAUGCCAAUACCGUUAGAAGAAAACAUUCAAAAUUGGCAUCCCAAUAAGUUAUCAGAGAGCAUUAUAAAGUGCUUAAACUUCAUAUACGUGAGAUUGCUAAGAACCUCAAGAACAAUGGAGCUAGAGAAGUCGGGUCCCAUUUCGAGGUCAUUGCAUUCCUCUUUGAGCUCGAGAAGCUUCCGAGUCGAGAAUGGAUUAAACUCAGGUCUUUCACUACAUAAGGAAUUGAGGCAACAAGAUCCUUAUGGCAUCUUCGAAAACGAAGAGUCAAUUCCAAGGGAUAUUGGUCCUUACAAAAACUUAGUCAUAUUCACAUCAACUUCCAUGGAUCCAAAAUCCAUAGCGAGUGCUACCUUCAUCCCUCUCAUAACCAAGUUAAGGGUUCUGAUGAACAAUUUGCAAACAGUCGAUCUAAAGCCAUUGAAUUACCAACAAAAGCUGGCGUUUUGGAUCAACAUGUACAAUGCUUGUAUCAUGAAUGGGUUCCUCCAAUACGGAGUGCCUUCUUCUCCAGAAAAACUAGCUGCUUUGUUGAAUAAGGCCAUGGUUAACAUUGGAGGCAACACCAUAAACGCACAAGCCAUAGAGCAUUUCAUUCUAAGGAAACCAUUGUCGACCAACAAUGAGGAUAAAAACAAAGAAGCCGUUGUCCGGAAGCUGUACGGCCUGGAAUCAUCGGAGCCAAACGUGACAUUCGCCCUCUGCUGCGGGACCCGGUCUUCCCCGGCGGUGAGAAUAUACAGCGGCGAGGCGGUAGCGGCUGAGCUUGAGAGGUCAAAGCUAGAGUAUCUGCAGGCGUCGAUAGUGGUCACCAGCUCCAGAAGGGUCGCCGUGCCAGAGCUUCUGGUUCGAAGCUUGCCAGAAUUUACAGCGGCAACGGCGGCGGCGGCGGACAUGAAGGCGGUGGUGGAAUGGGUGUGCAACCAGCUGCCGACGUCGGGGAGUUUGAGGAAAUCGAUGGUGGAGUGCUUCAGAGGACAUUCCAAAACGCCGCCCACGGUGGAGACGCUGCCUUAUGAUUUCGAAUUUCAGUAUCUUUUGCCGUCGUGAAUUCAAUUCUUGUAAAAAUGGUAGAUGAGGUGUGCCGUUCAUAAUUAUUUCUUAAAUUUCAAAUAACAACAUAUAACAUCUUGAUUGGUUGGU